GUGUAAACAUGACAGGCUGUGUAUUCAGAUUACACCUGGGUAGUACAUAUAUCAGAAUUACAUAAACAGUAUUUUUAGCAUAAUGUACUGAUAUCUAAUUAAAAUACACAGUCAGUUCACAAUCAAAUUCAAACAGACGGUCGGAAAUUUAAUAGAUUUAAUCCACCGUAGAUCUAAUUUCACAGAAAGCAAUCCCAUUAUAAUAUUAUUGUUAUGAUGUCUGUGUAUAAGUUCGACCAUAAGUUCCGAGGUACGGCUCUAAUAAUCGGAAAUGAGUUUAAAGGUCAAGGUUCAGGCGAGAGGAAGGGUUGUCUAAGAGACGUUCAGAUGGCGGAAGAGCUUUUUAAAAGACUGGACUUUAAUGUGACAUCAUUCAAGAACUUAUCUGCCUUCGAUAUGAAAGCGAAAAUAGAGACAGCCAGCAAGUCCAAAUAUAACAACGAUUGUGACUGUUUUGUACUUGUAUUGAGUACACACGGGCACGAAGCAAAGGAAAUAGACCGAAAACAAUCAAAAGAAGCGACUGUUUGGCGGCACCAAGUUUUAGCGGAGGAUAAUGUUCCUAUUUAUGUCGAUGAGAUAAUUGAUAUAUUCAAUGAUGAAAAUUCAGUAGGAUUAAAAGGAAAACCAAAGCUGUUUUUCAUACAGGCAUGCAAAUCAAGGGGAGAAAUUGGUAGUGCUGACACCUACGAUACAGGCGUUGAGGUCAAUGUCGUUCAAGGGACAAGCAAUCUGUACGUGAGAGAUCCAAACACGUUUAGAACAGAUCCGAGAGACUUGGCAAACAAUCUGUACGCUAUUGAUUUAACCGAUGCUGAAGAUAUGUACAAAGAUUGGGAAAAAGAUCCGGGCGCAUUACAACUGGGAGCAAUCUCUAGAAGUUCUGACCAAGCAACUGAUCAAGAUGCGGAAGGGGAAGUCACAGAAAUUGACACCGGAGGUAGUGGAGAUAGUGGACAGUUGCCGCCGUCGCCAUUCGAUAUUGUACCUCUUAACUGUCCGGAUGAUUUUCUGAUAAUGUAUCCAGUGAUGUCAGGAAAAUUUGCAUUUCGGAACUCGAAUACCGGAUCCUACCUCAUCAAAUUUUUAAAUGAGAAGUUGAGUGAAGUUUUAAAUGGAUGUAACCUUUUACAGUACCUUACACAUGUUUCCCAUGAGAUGGCGAGGUAUGAAUACAACCCAGAUCUUAAUCAAAUAUUAAUAACUAAUCUAAGAAAACAAGAGGCAGCAAGGCGGACUGGUCAAUCAUUUGAUCCGCUUUUGACAUUUAAAAACUAUUUAUAUCGGACAAUUAAAUAUUUGAGCAGCGAAGAGAAUCAUGAAAAGCUCGUUAAAAUCAUUGGCGAGCAGCACAGGAGCCAGUUGAAAGGCGAUCCUUCAGUGGUGGAACCUUAUCUUGGUUGGGUGAUAAAUAAUCAGCUGACUGAGCAACAAAUGACUGAGAUUUUAAAAACAAUUUUACCAUUCAAGAUGACAGCCUGCAUUGUCCACAGAUUGACAAACGAUGUGUACUUUAAGCCGAAGAAAGAAAAGUCCAUGAUGGGAAUACUCUGGAAAAAAAGGUUACCAAAGGAAACUAACGUGUAAAAGAAAUGACAUUUGUUUGCAUGAUGUCAUUCAAGCGGUGGUUUAAAUAAUGAAGAAAUAUAUUUUCUUUGACACAUAGCAAUUUAGUUAUGGGAAGAUAUGAUUUCUGUUCAUGUUGUUUAUUUUUAGCCGUUUAUAGGUUGCUAUGUUUUUAGUGACUCACUGACUUAGUAAUUUUUUAUAGCAUGACGCUCUCAAUCUGUCCGUCUGUCUGAACAACAACUCAUCUCACAAUCAAGCCCUUUAUUUAUUGUUGUGUAUUUCAAUGACUCAUUGACUUGUUAAUAUUUUUCUCAUGUUUUUUAUAAAGGCCGAAGACCUUCAGGACGUUUUAUAACAUGACGCUGUCAGUUUCACAAUCAAGGUGAAAUAAAUACGUUAACUCCACUGUUCGGAGAUAAAAUGUGGACACAUUGUAAUGACCCUCUCAUUGGCGUUGGCGUGACCGUUGGUUUUACUUAUAUUUUUAAGUUCUAUUUUCUCAGAAACUAUAAAAGAUAAAAUGGUGCUUCUAUUCACCUAAAACUUAGUGGACAUGUUUAUUGUCAUGAAAGGGUACUAUUUUAAAGGUUAUACCCCCAUUUCAAUUAAGAUUUUGAGCCCUGAUUAACCUUUUUGGCAUGACUUUUGAAGUUUUGAUGUUUCAUUUGUUAGAGGCCAGCGGUCCAUAAUUAUAUAUAAUAUACGUGUGAACAAAAUGCUUAUGAGAGAGGAAAUCGGAAUUACAAGUAGCAUUAACAUUAAUCGUCUUGACAAUCUUGACAGUUAGAUAGGGCAUGAAUGAUUUUUGCAUUAUCAUUGUAAAGUACAUGUAUAUAUUUAUCAUUCAAGUCAAAUAUUCACAGUGUACUUGUGUACAUUUCCUUAUUCGUUAUUUGAAUGCGUACCAAAUGUAAAAUGUUAGAGUGUUUUAUACAUACUCAUAUUGUUUAGUCAUUAAAAUGUUAAAUUUCU